CCAAAAAAAAAAACUAAAUCAUCGUUCAAUUUCAUAGAGAGAGUGACAGAGAUUCUCGCUGGGAAAAUUUGUUGUUUAAUUAUUAAAAAUUGCAAUCUUAAUAAUAAUUUUAAAAAAAGUUUGUUUCAGCAAAAAAAAAAAUAUGAUUUUCUAUUUGACAAUGAGAGCGCACGAGACCAUGUCGCUCCAAUUGGCACAUGUCCCCCCCCCCUCCUUCCACCACUGUUCUCGGGGAGAAUGAAUCCAUGGAAACCGGGGUGGGUUCGCAGAUCAUAACAGAAAACUAUACAGUAGACGACGAACGUUCGUCAUUCACUCUACGAAUUGAAGAAUGAAUCACACGCUCCACGAAUGAACUGACAUUUGUCUUUUACCUGUUGGCAAUAUAAACAACUCUAUAUACCAAUUGUCUAUUGAAAGUGGAAACUUAAAUUUCUAUCGAAGUGACUUGGAAAGUGUGUCAAACGGAAUUUUCUUCUUUUUACUCUUCAAAACAUUAUUGUCAUGAGAGUGUCAUCGUCAUUACCUUGGAUUAUGUUUUGAAAAGGAAGGAAGGAAGGAAAAAAAAACAAGUGUUACAGUUUUUCAAGGAAAAUAUUAUUUCAAGUCAGGAGAAAAUUAUUUACCAGCAGGUGUAGGUCGCAAAAGCGACCUUCCCUUUAAAAAAGGUGGCGUGGGGAACUGCGGUAAUGGAGCUACAAAGUUGGUUACUCUAUCACCUUGUGGCUGUACCGGACUGCAAUCAAGUUCCUUUUAUUGGCUUUGCUUGAGUUUGGAAGCAUUAUUUGAUUUCCGAUUCCGUUAUCAUCGACAGGAAAAGGCACUUCCACUCAUGUUUGAUGUGAUGCAGUCCGCAGCUACAGGGGGUGGAGUUUACCCUGCUGCUGGAACCGGAAGUCGAGCUCGUGACCUGGGUCUUCGAGCUCAAAAGAAACUUCUCGGACGAUUUGCAUCAACCGGCACGGGCCGAUCAUUAUUAAUUGAUGACGCAACAACAUCACUUCUAGAUAAUCUCUAUAAAUUGAUGGAAAAAACUGCUAAGCAGAGUCCAAAUUUGGAUAAAAAGCAACCGGAGAAGGUGCUCAAGAAUAUCGUCAAAUUAUCAAUUAAGAUUGGACUUUUGCAUCGGAAUCAACAAUUAGUCCCUGGGGAUGAGGAGAAAAUUGCUGAAAUCAGAUCGUCAUUGAGAUCAACAGCAAUGUCAGUAGUUUCAUUUUACGAAUUGGAUUACAGUUUCGAUAAGCCGUACUUAACGAAAGCCUUGGAAAGAUGUAGAUCUGCAAUUCAGAAUUUAAUAAAACCUCAUCUCACCGACAAGUCACAGGAUCGUUGUGACCUUGUCUUUGAUUUUCUCACACAUCCAGAUUUUUUGGAUUCAAUUUUUCGACAAGAUUCCGAGCAAAGGGCAACUCUUGGUUUAUUAGUCAGUGAUAUUAAUAAGGCUCUCGAUGCCGGUCAUCUCUGAUUUUAAAACAAAAAACAAAAUCCAAAUAAUUUCAAAAAUUCAACAACAAAAAAAUCCUCAGGAAUUAGGAACAAUUUCGACUGACAAAAAGAAAAAAAAUUGUAUCACGAUUAAAGUUUAAAUUUCACAAAUUUCGCGAUUUUUCAAAAGUGAAAUUUUUAUUUAUUUUUUUCUAGAAUAGAAAUAAAAAUCGUAUUUUUAACAUUUGGAGAAUAAGUGAGGGAAUAGUCAUUGUUUUUCUCAAAAAGAAAAUUCUAGAAUUGUAAUUUAAAAAUUUGUCUAGAAUGAAAAGAAAAAGUUUUUUUUAAGAAAACUAUCUCGAAUCUUUAAGAUCGUGUUUUAAAAAAUAAGAUCAGAUUUUCAAAAAAGAAAAGAAAAAAGAAAACAAAACCAUGCUCAUUAAUUUUUUUUCGGAAAAUACGAAACAAAUUUUGAAUAAAAUAAAAAUCCCAAUCAAUUUAUUCUUGAUAGGCUGAGAAAUAUCUAUAAAAAUGGACAAUGCCAAUUAUUCAUUCUGCAUUUUGAUGCAGAUUCUAUGUGUAAAAAUAUAUUUAGAAUUAGAAUUAUGAGUAAUUCCUAAAAAGGCGAAAAAAGUCCUAUAAAAAAAGAAGAAACCCCCGCCCCUCCCUUUGCAUUAAAAGAAAACAAAAUAAAAAUCUCGUUUUCAAAUGCCUUAUUAAUCUCAGAUAUGACAAAUAAUGUGUAACAUUUUUGUAUGACCAAAAAUUUAAUCGAAAAAAAUACUAUUUUUUUUAAAGGUCAUAAUAUUAUGCACUCUAUCAAAAACAUAUCGUUGAAACAUUUAUCCUAGAAAUGAUAUUUUAAGUAUAGGAAACCUGAAACUAAGUGAGAAUACAUAUCCUAAUUUAUCCAAAGUUCAGUUUAUUUUUACUAAUAUAUAUGUAAUUUAUUUCCUAUCAUAACUGGUUUCGAAAACCAUUUUUUUGGGAAACCCCGUUUUGUAUACAUUAUACAAUUUUUAUUUUAUAAUUAACUUAAAUGAAGAGUAAUCUUCAAUUUGUAAAAAGUCGUCAUAUAUCAUCAAUAAAUUAUUUAUAAAUAAU